UGCCUAUGAAGCAAACAUCAUCACUACAGAGAGAGAGAGAGAGAGAUCACCCUUAUUAACUGAUGGAUCAAUUGAAACCCAGCUCCGUCAACUCAUGCCCCCUUACCGCACUCACAUUUCUUCAACGCGCCGCCGUAGUAUACGGCGACUGCCCUUCCCUCAUCUACAACUCCACCACCUACACCUGGUCCCAGACCCACUUCCGAUGCCUCCGCGCCGCCUCCGCCAUCGCCUCGUUGGGGUUUUCCUCCGGCGCCGUCGUGUCCGUGGUGGCGCCCAACAUCCCCGCCAUGUACGAGCUCCAAUUCGCCGUCCCUAUGGCCGGCUGCGUCCUCAACAACAUCAACAUCCGCCUCGACGCCAGAACCAUCUCCCUCAUCCUCCGCCACUCCGAAUCCAAGGCCGUCUUCGUCGAUUCCCACCUCCACUCCGUCGUCCUCGAGUCCGUGUCUCUCCUCCCGCCCGAUGCUCCCCGCCCCGAGCUUAUCCUCAUCACCGACGAAGACGACUACAUCGACGAUCGUCGUGAUUUUGCUACUACAUAUGAAGAGAUGUUGCAGAGUGGAAGUGAAGAUUUUGAAUGGGUGGUUCCGGCUAGCGAGUGGGACCCAAUGACUUUGAAUUACACCUCCGGCACUACUUCUUCACCGAAAGGAGUAAUUCACAGCCAUAGAUCGCUCUUCAUAAUCACAUUAGAUUCGUUAAUCAAUUGGUCCGUCCCCAAACAGCCAGUCUACCUCUGGACGCUGCCGAUGUUCCACUCCAACGGGUGGAGCUACACCUGGGGCAUGGCGGCGGUCGGCGGAGUCAACAUCUGCCUCCGCCGCUUCGACGCCGGAGCCGUUUACGACGCCAUCGGAAACCAUAAAGUCACUCACAUGUGCGGCGCUCCGGUGAUUCUGACAAUGCUGGCAAACUACCCGCGCGCGGCGCAGCUAAGAUCACCGGUUGAAUUCAUGACCGGCGGCGCGCCGCCGCCGCCGCAGGUGGUGCUCCGGACGGAGGCGCUGGGUUUUUUAAUCAGCCACGGGUAUGGGAUGACGGAGGUUGCCGGGGUGAUAGUGUCGUGCGCGUGGAAGCCGAAUUGGAGCAAGCUUCCGGCGGCAGAGAGGGCGAAAUUGAAGGCGCGGCAAGGGGUUCGAACGCUGGGGCUGACGGCGGUGGAUGUGGUGGAUCCUGAGAAUGGAAGGAGUGUUAAAAGAGAUGGAGUGACCAUGGGAGAGAUUGUGGUGAGAGGAGGGACGUUAAUGCUGGGGUAUUUAAAAAAUCCGGCGGCGACGGCGAAGUGCAUGAGGGAGGACGGGUGGCUGUACACCGGCGACGUGGGCGUGAUGCACCCGGACGGGUACUUGGAGAUAAAGGACAGAUCGAAGGACAUAAUAAUCAGCGGGGGAGAGAAUGUGAGCAGCGUGGAGGUGGAGUCGGUGCUGUAUUCGAACCCGGUGGUGAAUGAGGCCGCGGUGGUGGCGCGGCCGGAUGAGUAUUGGGGGGAGACGCCAUGCGCCUUCUUGAGCUUGAAGGAAGGGGUGAGUCCGAAGCCGCCUGAGGGUGAGAUGAUAGAGUUUUGUCGGGAGAGGCUGCCGCAUUACAUGGUGCCUAAGACGGUGGUUUUCAUGGCGGAGCUGCCGAAAACGGCCACUGGAAAAGUGCAGAAGUAUGCGCUGAGGGAUAUUGCAAACAAAAUGGGGACGCUUUCGGCGGCCAGUCGGAUGUAGGAUGCUGCUCAAACACCCAUUUCUUUAAUUGUUUCUUUUAAUUACUUUAAAUUUUUAAUGAUUUCCUAUUUACUGAAUAUAAGAUGUUUUUUGUGUACCAUUUAUAAAUAGAAAACAAUAAAGAAUUGAACGUUUUCUCUCCA